CGUGAUACCCUGCUACGUACCUACGUGGCAGGUAGUAAAAUCCCCGAGACAAGAUCAGCAGCAGGCAGCAACAAAAGAAAAACAAUAGGUUCUAAUCACUAAUCACUAAAACCCGCGGCCAGCCGUGCCCACCGUCCACAGCCCUGCACCAAACAAGCUGCAAGCAAGCCCGCGCCCGCCCGGCCGCCCCGCCCCCCCGUCCGCCCGCUGCCGCAGCGCAGCGCACCGCCCCCACGCCCACGCCCAUGCCUCAGACUUACCUGCCCAAUCGCGCCAAUGCAAUCCGCGACCUGCCGCCGCCCCAACCAACAGUCGACACCAGCACCAGUCCCAGCCCCAGCCCCAGCCCCAGGCGAAGGGCAGCGGCGGCGACGGCCCAAAGCGAGCAACAUCGACACAGGCGAACGCGCACGAUGUCUGAAUCAAGCCCUCUCGGCCGCCGCAAGCCGGCCGUGGCCGACCUGACCGACCAGGGCGGGGCCACGCGGGCAAACACGCGAACGACCCGGCACCGUGGCGCGGGGACGGACGGGGCGGCCGUGCGAACGAAGGAAGGCGAAGCCCUGCCCGCCCUGCCUGCCCUGCCCGCCCGCUUUGCCCGCCUGCAGUCUGCACGUUUGCUUUGCCUUGCCUUGCCUUGCCCCCACGGCCCUCGAAAGGCCCCCUCGCUUCAGUGCUAAGAGUGAGGUGGUGAGGCCAGACAGGACAGGCAGCCAGGCAGCCAAAGCCCCAGGCGUCCCGCGCCGGGCCGCUCGCAAGCGUGCGCGCGUGCGAGCGAGCCGGACGUGCGUGCACCUACCCUACUUGCCCCCCUCCCCUCGUAACAGGG